ACUGCAAUGAUCAGGAUGCUUCCCUUCAAGGAUUUCUGUAUUUCUAGUAUUCAUUCUCUAACAACAUUCACCCUUUGGUGUUUAGGAACACAGCAAUUGCGAAUUGAUGUGGAAGAUUUCAAUGGUUCCACAACCUUUGCGACAUAUUCCAGUUUCAGAAUCGCAAAUGAAAAUGAAAACUAUAAGCUAAGUUUGGGCUCCUACUUGGAUGGCAACAUGGGGGAUUCUUUCUCAGGACAUAACGGCCUGGCAUUCUCUACAAAAGACAAAGACAAUGAUACCCGUCCCACAAGUUGUGCUGUAACUUACAAGGGAGCUUGGUGGUAUGGCUCCUGCCACUCUUCCAACCUGAAUGGCCUGUAUCACAAAGGGGAACAUAGCUCUUUUGCUGAUGGCAUCAAUUGGAGUGCUGGGAGAGGGUACCAUUAUUCUUACAAAUAUGUGGAUAUGAAAAUUAGAGCUCAGUAGGAGAAAUAUCAAUAUAUUCAGAAUUGUUCAAUUCUGACUUGCUGAAUGAAUGUAUUAGCACAUGAAUAUGCUCCUGAAUUCUGUUCCUGAAAAAAGAAGACUAAAUAGUGGCUAUCAAAA